GUCUAGAGUUAAGCUAGAAGUUUUGGCUGAGAUACAGGGAGUGAUGAAUAACACAUGAGUAGUAAGUUUCUUAACAUCAUUCUUCAGUACUCAGAUAGACUAAUCCACAGAAGCAGUUUAUUCAAGUAUCACCCAGACUGCCAGGAGCAACAGGAACUUUAAAGUGUUUUUUUAAAUUUAUUAUUUUAUUAUUUACUGCACAUUUUACAAGCUUGAAUCUGAGCUCUAUAUAGUAAAGAAGUGGAAUAAAUUUCUCAGGUGGAAUAUUGUUUUAGAAGGACUUGACAGCUUUGAAAGGACUGUGCAUCCUCAAGGCAUGAAGGAAUGUAUGCUUUUGCUUCUGUUGGCUUUAUGUUCUGCUAAGCCUUUCAUAAGUCCCUCAUACUUCAGCUUCAAGAAUGUAAUGCUAAUGGAUAUGGAAGAACCUAUUGAUGAUGACGACGACGACGACGACGAUGAUGAUAAGGAUGAUGAUAAUUCUCUUUUCCCAGCUUGGACCAUCCAUAAUACCCUUUGAAUUACAUAUUUCCAGUAGUGACCCUUUGGAUGUCAGUGCUACUCGAGAGUUGUCCACUGCUCUGAUUUGGGGCUGACCUCAAUACCAAAGAAUAUUCCAUUUGAUACUCGCAUGAUCUUCAAACAACAAAUAAAAGAAGUCAAGGAAAAUGUAUCUCAAGGACUUACAUCACUAUAUGUAAGUUUACUUUUUAAUAUUCAUACUAAAAUCCACCCCAAAGCAUUUCAAUCAACAAAGAAGUUGCGACGCCUCUACCUGUCUCAUAAUCAUUUAACGGAGAUUCCAGCCAAUCUGCCAAAAAGUUUAGCUGAGUUAAGAAUUCAUGAUAAUAAAGUUAAAAAAUACAAAGAAGCAUUUAAAGGAAUGAAGUCUUUGCACGUUUAGGUAAAGAUGAGUGCAAAUCCUCUUGAUAAUGAAGGAAUAGAACCUGGGGCUUUUGAAGGUGUGACAGCAUAUCAUAUAAGAAUUGCAGAAGCUAAAUUAACUUCUAUUCCUAAAGGGCUGCCAUCUAGCCUACUGGAACUCCACUUAGAUGACAACAAAAUUUCUGGAAUUGAGCUUGAAGAUUUUAUUCGCUAUAAAAAUCUUCAAAGAUUGGGGUUGGGAAGCAACAAAAUUAAAGAAGUCGAAAAUGGAAGCUUUUCCAGUGUACCAAACAUACGAGAAAUACAUUUAGAAAAGAACAAACUGAAAAAAGUGCCAUCUGGUCUUCCAGACCUGAAAUAUCUGCAGGUAGUCUUCCUUCAUUCUAAUAGUAUUUCAAAAGUGGGAGUGAAUGAUUUUUGUCCAACAGGAGGAAGACUAAAGAAGACAUUAUACAGUGGCAUUAGCUUAUUCAACAAUCCUGUAAAAUACUGGGAUAUCCAACCAGGAACAUUUCGCUGUAUAUUAAAUAGGAACAGUGUGCAAAUUGCAAACUAUGGAAAAUAAGUUUGCAUAUCCAGAAUACAAUUGAAGAAGAAAACUUAAAAACAGCAUUAGAAUACUUGAAAUCUGAAGAUGCACAACUUUAUACUGUCUAAUAGCUUUAAAAAAUACUUAUAAGGAGCCCUGGUGGCGCAGUGGUUAAAUGCCUGUACUGCAGCCACUCAUUCACGAACAACAAGGUUGUGGGUUCAAUACCAGC